GUUUCUUCAGAAGCAACAUCAAUCAUCAAAACGCGGCGGCUCUUGUCGUAUCAACCAACAGAACGUUGUCGUUUUGGGAUUAUCCUUAUCUCUUGGGGCGACCAAUAAUUGCCUUUAUUGAUUUUUUCUUCUGCUCCAUUUCUCCUUCUUCUUCUCUCAUUCGCUCUUCACUUUUCUUCCUCUUGGAGAGAUAUAUAUUCCUUUUGCGAAUCUUCCUCUUCCUAGAUUCCAGCGGCAACAGAUUCUAAUUCGGGGGAGGUUCGUACUGAGUGGAGGAUUUGGGCCUCUGAUGUGAUCGGCGAGUUAGAGGAAAAAGGCGAGAAGAAAUCGGAGAUGGAUCGAGCACCGGUGACCACAGGACCGAUGGAUAUGCCGAUUAUGCACGACAGCGAUCGAUACGACUUCGUCAAGGAUAUUGGGUCGGGUAAUUUCGGAGUUGCUCGGCUCAUGAGGGAUAAAGUCACAAAGGAGCUUGUUGCUGUUAAGUACAUCGAGAGAGGAGACAAGCAAAUUUGCCAUCGAGACCUGAAGCUGGAGAAUACACUGUUAGACGGAAGUCCUGCGCCUCGUUUGAAGAUAUGUGACUUUGGAUACUCUAAGUCAUCUGUUCUUCAUUCACAACCAAAGUCAACUGUUGGUACUCCUGCUUACAUUGCACCUGAGGUUCUGCUUCGUCAGGAAUAUGAUGGCAAGAUUGCAGAUGUAUGGUCGUGUGGUGUAACCUUAUACGUCAUGUUGGUUGGAGCUUAUCCAUUCGAAGAUCCAGACGAGCCUAGAGACUAUCGAAAGACGAUUCAGAGAAUCCUUAGUGUUAAAUACGCAAUCCCUGAAGACAUACGGAUUUCACCUGAAUGCUGUCAUCUGAUUUCAAGAAUCUUUGUGGCUGAUCCUGCGACCAGGAUUAGCAUUCCAGAGAUCAAAACCCACGAUUGGUUCUUGAAGAACCUCCCAGCUGAUCUAAUGGACGAGAGCAACACAGGAAGCCAAUUUCAAGAGCCUGAACAACCAAUGCAAAGCCUUGACACAAUCAUGCAGAUCAUCUCUGAAGCCACAAUUCCUGCCGUUCGAAACCGUUGCCUAGACGACUUCAUGACGGACAAUCUUGAUCUCGACGAUGACAUGGAUGAUUUUGAUUCCGAGUCGGAAAUCGACAUUGACAGUAGCGGUGAGAUAGUUUAUGCUCUUUAAUAUCAAAGCUUUUUUUAUGACCCAAGACGUUUUCUCUCAUCUGUUUCAAGACCAGUAGAGUCUCUGAUCCUCUGGUUUCCUAUACCUGCCAUUUUUGUAUUGGGCUCAUUGUCUGUUUGUUUGUUGUUGUUGUUUCUUACAUACAUAUAUGCAAUGUAAAAUAUCAUAUCUAUAUAUAUACUUAUAUAUUCCUUCAAUGUUACAAACUUGCAAGACCACAAACCCACAAAACAAA